AUGCGGCGGCGGCCGCCGCCGCCCUCGGGCCCCACAAAGGCCCCGGGGCGGGAAGGCGACGCCCGAGGCCUGAGGAAGCGAGGUCGGAGGCCAGAGCCGGGCGAGGCUGGAGGCUGCGGCCCUGAGGCCAGCGGGCGUGAGGAGAGCAGGCGAAAGCGAAUGGUGGCGUCUGAGAGAGAAGAGGUGGCGAGUGACAAGUCGGGUGAGGCGUCCGCGACUGGGAAGGCCGUGGCAAGGCGGCGAGUGGAGGGGCCGGGCAGCCAGGGGGGCCCGUCCGACCCGUGGGACCAGCCGGGCCUAGACGUGAAGGAGACGCAGCCCCUCUUGCGAUCCCACAGACACAAGAAGGAAAAAAGAAAAGCUACCGAAACCUCAAGCGAGGAUCCACGGCCAGGGACUGACCUGGUAAGAAAGGAAUCAUUAACCGGUUCGGAAUCUUUCCAAACAGCGGAGUGCAGUGUAUUGCAAAGUCCGGCUUCCUUGCAGUCUUUGGGUAAGGAAGGUUUGGUAGACGGUAUUAAAAGAAGAAUUCGCAUUAAAAAACUUAAAAGCUUAGAACGCCCACCUCUCAAAAUAACUGAAAAUAAGGAUACACUAAAUAUAAAGGUUGAAUUCCAAGAUGAACUGUACAAGAAUACUCCAGAAUAUUCUUGUAACAGCUUGUCACCUGGAGUAGAAAAUAGUGACAAUUUAAAAUUACACGAUGGCAGUGGUUUCCCCCAUUCCAAGGAUUGUAAUGAUGAAAGUAGCCUUGCAUAUAAACCUGAUGGUGGGUGUAUGCAUGUACCAGAAAAUUCCUCAAAGUUAAAGAAAGAAAACCUUAGGAGUCUUGCAGAUAAGAGUGGCACAAACAAUAUGUCUCAGCUUUUGAAAACUGAAGGAAACUUAAUGGGAGUAAAUAAAUUAUUGCUUGAAGAAGCUGAUUUAUACCAAAGUAGAAAUAAUGGCUUGCUUCCCUGCCUUCAAAGUGAAAAAAAUAAAUAUUCAGUAGAGGAGAGCAAUGUGGGGAGAAAACCCAGGAAAAGAAUGAAGGUGUCUGAAAAAGGAGAUGAAACCGUUAUCAAGAUGAACUUCUCUAAUGUGUAUAACAAGUGUGAGUUGCUGUUACAAGAAAACCAAACGCAUGCUGAAGGUAAACAAGCAGAGACUGCAGAGGCCAAAAGAAGUCCUUUAGAACUUUUGAGAAAAGUUAACCAUAAUACCCUCUCUCCAGUGGAUCAUUUAAGUCUUCCAGAAGCAGUAGGAAAAAAGACAAGUCCUGAGCAUGAUGUAAAAGCUAUGUUUCAGAAAACCCUUGAGCCACUUUUGAAAGAAAAAACAAAGAUGGCUUCAGAGCCCUUAGGAUGUAAAAGCGUGGAGCCAGAAGAAUAUUUUAAGUCAAUGAGAAAUUCAAUAGUGAAAUCACCUAGUGAUUGCCAACCUGUUGAAAAGAGAUCACAGGAAGACUUGAGAAAUGAAGCUGAAGAAUCGAAGUUCAGCUGUCAAAGAACAAUACCAAUGACUGGUAAAAGAACUUGGCCUCUUUAUUCAUGUGCUAGAAUAUCUGUUUACUGUUGGAAAAAGACUUCCUUGCCAGAAUCAAAUUACUUUGUUCCUGGGUCUCAGGAAAGUUUUAGGCAAGAUGAUUUUCUUAAACAGCAAACAAAUCAAACUCACUUAACUGACUCCAAGUUAUCAUUACAAAGUUCCACAACAGAAACAAACAGUCAAUCUUCAAAUAAAGAAAAAUUGGAUUCUAAUUUAAAUUGUUUGUCUUCAGUUUCUGCAGUAGUCUCUGCAGUAGAACCUACGUUAAUGGUUAUGAAAGAACCUAUAAUUAAUGACGAUGAAAAGAUAAAGUCAGAGGAACAGAACAGAAAUGGGUCAGCAGUAGUUUCUACUACGACUGAAGAUACUCUAUUAACUAAUGUGGCUCAAAACUUAACAGGAAGUAAAAAAAAAGAUAGAGGGACUUUAACAAAACUUAAUUUGACGGUGGCUUCCCAGCAUGGCCAGGAAGCAAAUAGCUCUACAGGCAAAACUAGUCACCGAAAAGCAUAUAUUGCUAAGCAAACACUUGUGGCUCCAGACUUGGUUAAAAUAUUAAACACAGGACGGCUGAGUAAUUUUAAAAUUCCUUUACUUAAGAAUAAAACAGAAAAAAGAAAAAUAUAUGCCAAGUCGUCAGAGAGAGAAACAUACAGUCCCCUGGAGCUUCUUGACAGUUUAUCUGGAGCAGAGGGAAGACAGAAUAGGAGUACAGGAAAUGUCUCCACAGUAACGUCAGGACCUCAAUCUUUGAGCAUACAAAAUAGUGUAACUCCAAGGCAAGCUAAUCCUGACUCAUACGGCACUAAGAAUCCAUAUGUUGUUCCUCCAAGAUUUUUAAAGCAAGGUAAUAAUAAUAAAUCAUCCAGCUACAUCUCUGAACUAGGCAAUAUUAAAGAAACUAUUUCUCACACAGUUGAAAACAAUAUUUUUUCUUGUGAUCCUGGGUGUAUAGAGAAAAAUUCUACCUUCUGCUUUAAUGAACAAGAAACAUUCGAACCAGUUUCCUCUGAAAUUAGUGGUAGAAAAAUGACUAAGAACUUUUCAGAAAUUGAAGUGGAGUUUCCAGAUAUUGUGAAAGCAUAUGAAGAUGAUGUCCUCUUAAUUGAUGUAAUUCAAGAUGACCCUGACCUCUUCGGAGUCUCCAAUGAAGGGGAGCUCUCAUUUACUUCAGAGGUCCCCAUGGUAAGCCAGGAGCCCAAUAUUGCUGAAGAGCACCAAUCAAUAGACUCCAAGCACAUGGAACUUCCCAGAAAAGAACCAAGCGAUGACUUGAGAGAACUUCCAGUACUGGAUCCUGGAUUGAUGAAGUCAGAGAUCGGGGCUUCCUUGCCAGCAGAAAAUGAGAUAAAACAUGAUUUUAAAGAUGCAAACAUUUCCUUAGAAGUUACUAAUGAGACGUCUCAAAAUGAAAAACUGGGAGACUUUGAUGAACACAUAAGAAGCUCAGACUUGGAUGAAAAGUGUAAAUUUUCAGGCAAAGUGACUGUUCAUAAUGAAGAAAAAGAAAAUAUUCAUGAAGCUUGCAAAAGCAAAGAUUCUAAAAUUGCGGAGAAUAUGGUUGGUGAAGGUCAGUUAAUAGCACUGGGCCCCAAACCUCUGUGCUUAUCAGUGCCACCUUUAAAUCUAAAUGCUUAUCAAGAAGACACAUUACUGGAGCCCUGGACAAUUGAUUUCAGAUUUCUAGGAAAACAUUCUCUCCCAAAGUUGCAGAAUCCUGAAACUAGUGAAACAAUUACGAGGGAAAAAAAUGUAGGGGUGUCCCAGAAGCCCCUAGGGUUGAUGAUACCCCAUAGAUACUGCAAAUUUCAUUUCAAUACGUUACGUGGCUGUGAGCGAUCACAGUGCAAGUUUGCUCAUGUGCCUGAUCAAGAGGAUGAAAAGGUUUGCAUGGAUGUGUUUAAGAAAUACAUAAGUAUCAACGAUGUAUGUUUGCUACAACGUGCAGUAAACAUGUUUAUGGAAUAUUACAGAAGGUUUUCUCCCAGUAUACACUUUGAUUUACAAGUGCUAAAUGACCUUCUAAAUUCUUUACUCAAACAUUGUUUAUUGAAAGAAGUAUUUCAGGUAGUGAACCUCAGCAUAAUGGUUAAAAUGCUGCCUACUCUGAAAAUAUUAUUAGAAAUAUUUGAGCAUGUGGCAACUAUGAAAUUAAGGAAUGCUGUACCUGCUUUAAUUGAUAUCUUUUGCAAGCUUAUUGAAGCUGGGAUGGUGCUUGACCCAGAACACUUCAACUACAUUGUUAAGCUCUUAUACCAAGUGCAGGCUUCCAAACAAGAAAUAACUGCAGUUCUGGAAAUGAAAUCCAGGUUACAAGUGAGUCAAUUUAAAAAGAGCUGGACCUGUGAUUUAGAUUUAGCCUUGAAUGAAAUAGAGCAUUGUAAAGAAAAAGGCGACUGGACCAAAUUGGGAAAUUUAUACAUUAACGUGAAAAUGGGCUGUGAAAAAUUUGCAGAUUUCCAGAGAUUUUGUGCUUCUAUUGCUGAAACACUAACAAAAGACUAUAAAGAAGAGAGACCAGGUGUUCCAUUUUGUGAAUUUGCUGAAACAGUUAGCAAAGAUCCACAAAACAGUGAAAUAGAUAAAACUUUGCUGGGAAGAAUCGGAAUCAAUGCUAUGUACUUCUAUCACAAGCUGUUGCAGUGGACCAAGGGAAGGAAGGUCUUAGAUAAACUAUAUGAAUUAAAAAUACAUUUUACAAGUUUAAAAGGACUUACAGGGCCUGAGAAGUUAGCACCAAGAUGUCAAAUUGUGAAUAUUGCAGCAGAAAUUUUUCUAAAAAAUGGAAGCCUAGAUGGUGCCAUGUGGGUAUUAAGGGAGUCAGAAUGGAUAAUCAAUACCCCACUGUGGCCUUGUGAUAGAAUGGAUGUACUCAAUCGACAUAAUCUGCUCUGUACAAUUGCACAUGAAAUCUUAGCCAAGAGCCUUUACAGACAGACAUUUGAAGUCUUGCAAAAUCUACCAGGUUUUCAAAAUUCUGGAGAAACUGUGGCAGUCUCACAGUAUAGCCUUCUUUUUAAUAAACUUCUAGAUGCCUGUAUAGAAAGCAACAGUCUUGGAAUGUCAUCCUCUGUAGCAGAAUUCAUGAUUUCAAAGAGCAUCCCUAUUGAUUUUUUCUUUCUUAGAAGAUUAAUUACUUCUUUAGGAAGGAGUUGUUUAUGGCUCAAAGCCAGAGCCCACUACAAAAGUGCUCUUUCAUUGGGUUGCUACCCACCGUUAGAGGGAAAUUUAUACCGAAAACUUCUACUGGUUCCUUCUUAUUUAUCUGAGAUUGAAAUGCUUUUAGCUAUUGAAAUCUUCCUGGUAUCUAAUGCUAGUAGUAUUCAAAGUCCUGGUACUUCUACACAGAUGCUACAGAUAGUUUUGAAAAGAUGUGAAGAAAACAAAUCUCGGAACAAGGAUGAUUAUCAAGCUGCAGUGGAAAGAUUGAUUACGGCAGCUCGUUUAUCAGAUCCAAAGCUUUUCAUGAAGCACAUGACCGUCAAUGUUAAUAAGGAACAGGUUUAUAGUUUGGAACACUGUUCCGCCCGGAAAUGGUUGAAAGCGAACAUGAAGUGGGCCGGAAAGGUUUGGCUUUUCAGUAACCAUUAGUUAAUAAAGGCUUUUUUUUUUUUAAGUUAAUCAUUGUUGAAAGUAAAAGGUAAUAAAAAUAAAGAUGGUUUUCACUAUA